AUGAAGAGAAGUGAAAAGCCAGAAGGAUAUAGACAAAUGAGGCCUAAGACCUUUCCUGCCAGUAACUACACUGGCAGCAGCCGGCAAAUGUUGCAAGAAAUUCGUGAAUCUCUUAGGAAUUUAUCCAAACCAUCGGAUGCUGCUAAGGUUGAGCAUAACAUGAGUAAAAUGUCAACUGAAGAUCCUCGACAAGUCAGGAAUCCACCCAAAUUUGGGACGCACCAUAAAGCCUUGCUGGAAAUUCGAAACUCUCUACAACCAUUUGCAAAUGAAACAAGUCGGAGUACUUCAGAAGUUAAUCCACAAAUGCUUCAAGACUUGCAGGCUGCUGGAUUUGAUGAGGACAUGGUUAUCCAAGCUCUUCAGAAAACUAAUAAUAGAAGUAUAGAAGCUGCAAUUGAAUUCAUUAGUAAAAUGAGUUACCAAGAUCCUCGACGGGAACAGAUGGCUGCAGCAGCUGCCAGACCUAUUAAUGCCAGCUUGAAACCAGGGAGUGUGCAACAACCUGUUAACCGCAAGCAAAGCUGGAAAGGUUCUAAAGAAUCCUUAGUUCCUCAGAGACAUGGCCCACCACUAGGAGAAAGCGUAGCCUAUCGUUCUGAAAGUCCCAGUUCACAGACAGAUGUAGGAAGACCUUUGUCAGGAUCUGGUAUAACAGCAUUUGCUCAAGCUCACCCUAGCAACGGACAGAGAGUGAACCCCCCUCCACCUCCUCAAGUAAGGAGUGUCACUCCUCCACCACCUCCAAGAGGCCAGACCCCCCCUCCAAGAGGCCCAACUCCACCUCCCCCCUCAUGGGAACCAAACUCUCAAACAAAGCGCUAUUCUGGGAACAUGGAAUAUGUCAUCUCCCGAAUCUCUCCUGUUCCACCUGGAGCCUGGCAGGAGGGCUAUCCUCCACCACCUCUUAAUACAUCCCCAAUGAAUCCUCCUAAUCAGGGACAGAGAGGCAUUGCUUCUGUUCCUGUUGGCAGACAACCAAUCAUCAUGCAGAGUUCUAACAAAUUUAACUUUCCACCAGGGAGACCUGGAUUGCAGAAUGGUAGUGGUCAGACUGAUUUUAUGAUACAUCAAAAUGUUGUCCCUGCUGGUGCUGUGAAUCGGCAGCCACCCCCUCCAUAUCCUCUGACCCCAACUAAUGGACAAAGCCCUUCUGCUUUACAAACAGGGGGAUCUGCUGCUCCUUCGUCAUAUACAAAUGGAAAUAUUCCUCAGUCUAUGAUGGUGCCAAACAGAAACAGUCACAACAUGGAACUUUAUAAUAUUAACGUACCUGGACUGCAGACAGCUUGGCCUCAGUCGUCUUCUGCUCCAGCCCAGUCGUCCCCAAGCAGUGGGCAUGAAAUCCCUACGUGGCAACCUAACAUACCAGUGAGGUCAAAUUCUUUUAAUAAUCCAUUAGGAAACAGAACAAGUCAUUCUGCUAAUUCUCAGCCUUCAGCUACAACAGUCACUGCUAUUACACCAGCUCCUAUUCAACAGCCUGUGAAAAGUAUACGUGUAUUAAAACCAGAACUACAGACUGCUUUAGCACCCACACAUCCUUCUUGGAUACCUCAGCCAGUUCAAACUGUUCAGCCUAGUCCUUUUUCUGAGAGUACCACUUCAAAUAUGACUGUUAUGUCACCUGUUGCUGAAGCUCCAAACUAUCAAGGUCCGCCACCACCUUAUCCAAAACAUCUACUACACCCAAACACAUCUGUUCCUCCAUAUGACUCAGUCAGUAAAUCUAGCAAAGAGGAUCAGCCAAGCUUGCUCAAGGAAGAUGAGGGUGAAAAAAGUUAUGAGAAUCUUGAUAGUGGGGAUAAAGACAAGAAACAGAUUACAACUUCACCUAUCACCGUUAGGAAAAACAAGAAAGAUGAAGAGCGAAGGGAAUCUCGUAUUCAGAGUUACUCUCCUCAGGCAUUUAAAUUCUUUAUGGAACAACAUGUAGAAAAUGUACUCAAAUCUCAUCAGCAACGUUUACAUCGUAAAAAACAAUUAGAGAACGAAAUGAUGCGGGUUGGACUAUCUCAAGAUGCCCAGGAUCAAAUGAGAAAGAUGCUUUGCCAAAAAGAGUCUAAUUACAUCCGUCUUAAGAGAGCUAAAAUGGACAAGUCUAUGUUUGUGAAGAUAAAGACAUUAGGAAUAGGAGCAUUUGGUGAAGUCUGUCUGGCAAGAAAAGUAGAUACUAAGGCUUUGUAUGCAACAAAAACUCUUCGAAAGAAAGAUGUUCUGCUUCGAAAUCAAGUUGCUCAUGUUAAAGCUGAGAGAGAUAUCCUGGCUGAAGCUGACAAUGAAUGGGUAGUUCGUCUAUAUUAUUCAUUCCAAGAUAAGGACAAUUUAUACUUUGUAAUGGACUAUAUUCCUGGGGGUGAUAUGAUGAGCCUACUAAUUAGAAUGGGCAUCUUUCCCGAAAAUCUGGCAAGAUUCUACAUAGCAGAACUUACUUGUGCAGUUGAAAGUGUUCAUAAAAUGGGUUUUAUUCACAGAGAUAUUAAACCUGAUAACAUUUUGAUUGAUCGUGAUGGUCAUAUUAAAUUGACUGACUUCGGUCUUUGCACUGGCUUCAGAUGGACACAUGAUUCUAAGUACUACCAAAGUGGUGACCAUCCACGGCAAGAUAGCAUGGAUUUCAGUAAUGAAUGGGGUGACCCUUCUAACUGUCGAUGUGGAGAUAGACUGAAGCCACUAGAGCGGAGAGCUGCACGCCAGCACCAACGAUGUCUUGCACAUUCUUUGGUUGGGACUCCCAAUUAUAUUGCCCCUGAAGUGUUGUUACGAACAGGCUAUACACAGCUAUGUGAUUGGUGGAGUGUUGGUGUAAUUCUUUUUGAAAUGUUGGUGGGACAACCUCCAUUCUUGGCACAAACACCAUUAGAAACACAAAUGAAGGUUAUCAACUGGCAAACAUCUCUUCACAUUCCACCACAAGCUAAACUGAGUCCUGAAGCUUCUGAUCUUAUUAUUAAACUUUGCCGAGGACCAGAAGAUCGCUUAGGCAAGAAUGGUGCUGAUGAAAUAAAAGCUCAUCCAUUUUUUAAAACAAUUGAUUUCUCCAGUGACCUGAGACAGCAGUCUGCUUCAUACAUUCCUAAAAUCACACACCUAACAGAUACAUCCAAUUUUGAUCCCGUGGAUCCCGAUAAGUUAUGGAGUGAUGAUAAUGAGGAAGAAAAUGUAAAUGACACACUCAACGGAUGGUAUAAAAAUGGAAAGCACCCUGAGCAUGCUUUCUAUGAAUUUACCUUUAGGAGGUUUUUUGAUGACAAUGGCUACCCAUAUAAUUAUCCAAAGCCUAUUGAAUAUGAAUAUAUUAAUUCACAAGGCUCAGAGCAACAGUCAGAUGAAGAUGAUCAGCACACAGGCUCAGAGAUCAAAAAUCGUGAUCUAGUGUAUGUUUAACACACUAGGAAAUAAUUUAAUGAGGAUUUGAGGAAAGGCCUGAAACGCAGGGUCUUUUGAGGCUCUGAGAAUAGAAUUAUGCAAAUGCGACAGCUGUGUAUAUGUACUCUGUGUACAAUAUUUUAUGUUCCUAAAUUAUGGGAAAUCUUUUUAAAAUGUUAAUUUAUUCCAGCCUUUUUAAUCAGUAAUUUAGAAAAAAAUUGUUAUAAAGAAAGUAAAUUAUGAACUGAAUAUUAUAGUCAGUUCUUGGUACUUAAAGUACUUAAAGAAAAUAGUGCUUUGUUUAAAAGGAGAAGCCUGGUAUCUAUUUGUACAUAUGCUAAAUAAUUUUAAAAGACAAGAGUUUUUGAAAUUAUUUUAAAGACAGUUUUAGUUGUCUUGCUUUAACCAAAUAUGAAAUAUACCCCAUAUUUACAGAAUUCCUUUUUCCCCCAGUAACCUUGUUGGUACAAAAUAAGCUAUAGAAAUUAAGCCAUCAUGGUGGUGAGUGUUCCUAGGCUAAUGAUAAUCUGUAUAAUUCACAUCUUGGAACUAAGAAAUACAGGGUUGAAACAGUAUGUUCAUCAGAAGAAAAAAUAAUGCAGUUUAUCUUUUUUUCCCUCUCUGGGGAAUAUUCUGGCAUUGAUUUAUUUUUAUUUUUAUUUUUUAAUUUUGGUAUCAUUAGUAUACAAUUACAUGAGCAACA